AAAUUGUCCCCUUCAAGCUAUCCUAUCUAUGUAGUACAUAGACCUUGAUCUGCUUCAACUUCUCCCAUUCCUCUGCUGUCCUCUGGAGGGUGUGAAGAACACAUGGAGUUGAAGGGUUCAAGUUCUGAUUAUAGUGCUAAGGUUACUUCUGAAACAAAGAUUCCUAGGAAGAAUAAUGUGUUGGUGAGUGCAGAAGUUGUUAGAGAGCUUUCGGAGAGAUUGAGGAUUCUUGAAGAAGAUGGACAAGUCCUCAAGGAAGUUGUUGAAGAAAGAAGAAAGCUAAUCACUGCAAUAUGCAGACGGUUUCAAGCUGUGCACAAUUCUUUGCACCUCAAAUUUCAAGAAAGGGAAGGCCAACAUCCAAUGGUUGAAAGAGCUGAUCUUUCGCAAAUUCUAAGCCAACUCUCAAGCCCAUCAAUUGUCACAAGAGGUUUAAGAAUUGAAAGUUGUAUCCCGUCUUUACUAAAUGAUUAAAUUAAUAAGGUAAUUAAAC